AUGGACGAAGCAUGGAUUCACCACUAUACUCCAGAAUCCAGUCGUCAAUCUUCUGAGUGGGUGGUAGCCGGUGAAAACCGUCCGAGGCGUCCCAAAACAGAAAAAUCGGCGGGUAAGGUUAUGGCGUCCAUAUUUUGGGAUGCAUACGGGAAUUUGAUUAUAGACUACCUGGAGAAAGAUUUGGCCCCCAGAGACUACUGGCUUUUUGCAGAUCUCAAAAAGCACCUCCAAGGCGAGAGAUAUCGAUCAAAUGAGGAGGUGAUUGCCGAUACUGAGGGCUAUUUUGAGGGCAAAAGUUCAUCCUUCUACAAAAAUGGCAUUGAAAGGUUGGAGAAGCGCUGGACUGACUGUAUAGCCUUAGAUUGA